AUUUGCAUCGAAUGUUUUUGGUUGUAGGACGCGAUGGCGGUUGAUCCGUUUGAAAAUGAGGUAGAUGGCCCACCUCCAAACGUGAGGAGCUUUUUCCGGAACGAGUUCCGGCGCUCUCGGCUCGGAUUUCAGGGGCAGCGUUGGGAGAGCUUCGUCAGAGCGCGGUGGUAUGGCUGGGGAGACGACAGAAGGGGCCAGUGGGUGUUCGUAGUUGUGCGCUUCUUUCUGGCUAUGUACUGGAGCGUAUGCGUGAUGUUGAAUGUGCUUUUGCAAGGAGCCGGCGUCGGCUCCGUGUACGGCUAUGCCUCUGUUCUGGAACAGAGAUGGCUCCUCUACCUCACCAACUGGUGCGCUGCGAUUGAGUUAAUCUAUCUAUUCCUUGCUGCUUUCGUCUGUUUCCGUUUCGCUCUAAGUACCUAUCCUCUGCGGCCUUCAAAUCGCCGCGAAAUCACCUCCGCAUUUGCUGCCGGAUCACCAGUAUCCACUUCGGGCGAUGAAGGGUCCAAGUCGUCACAAGACGUCUCUUCGAGAGACGACGCUUGCUGCAAUCCGGAUCUCGAGGCUGGUGGCAAUGGCGAUGGCGGUGGCCUUGGCCAUGCUGUGGCCGGGGAGAAGGACGAUGACGGGAGGACCAUUGGUGUCGAGGAGAGCGGCUAUGGCGGCUCCAUGCACGUGAAGGAGAGCGGAUACGGCGGCUCCAUGCAUGUGAACGAGGCCGGCUAUGGCGGCUCCCUCAAACACGUGAAGGAGUGCGGUUAUGGCGGCUCCCCACAUGUGAAAGAGAGCGGCUAUGUCGUGCGCUCCAUAGCUGCGAAGGAGAGCGAGACGGAGCUUCCGUGGGUGUACAAGGUGAUCUGGGUCUUGCGUAAUGUUACAGCAACAUGUAGUUUUGUGGUGUUCGCGUCGUACAAUCUUUGGGUAGUCGUGUAUUCGUUGCGCUUGGAUGCUCUCGAUGUGCAGCUGCAUGGAGUGAAUUUCCUGAUCACUGUAAUUGACUCCGUGGUCGCUGCUACUCCCAUGCGGGUCCUUCACUUUUAUCAGCCUCUGGCAUUUGGAAUAACCUACGCUGCUUUCUCUCUCGUGUUCUGGACAGCGGGAGGUCGAAACAAGGAGGGAAAACCUUACAUCUACCCAACGCUGAACUAUGAGGAGGGGGCAAAGACAGCGGCGGUGUAUCUCGAGACGGAGGAGGAGGAAGAGAAGCCUGCAGCGAUGGAGGACGAGGAGGAGGAACAAAAAGAGGAGAAGGAGGAGGUUGAGGCGAUGGAGGAGGACGAGGAGGAAGAGGAGGAGGAGGAAGAAGAGGAAGAGGAGGAGGAGGAGGAUGCCGCGUCGAUGGAGCAGGAAGAGGACGGGAAGGUGAACGCCGCGGAGAUGGACAAGGAGGGGAGGGGGGGAGGAGGAGGAGGUGGACGAGGAGGAUGACAAGGACGAAGGAGGGAAAAAAGGAGGAGACGCCGGAGGAGGAGAAAGAAGACGAAGAAGAGGAGGACCGAAAAGAAGAAAAGGAGGAGGAGGAGGAGUAUGUUGUGCAUAUUUAAUAAACAUCACUUUCUCGC